GACCACCAAAACUGGCAGUGGAGUUUCGGAGGCAAAGAAGUUGGGGAUCGGUGCUGAAGACAAACCAAAGAACUAAGAUUGGAAAAAUAAUAAAAUUAAGAAAUGGCCUACCUGCUGAUGUUCGUGACCUUGCUACACCUGAUCACACUGGCCAUGCUGCUCAUCGCCACAAUGGAAAAGUCCUGGUGGGUGUGGGAUGGUAUGGAGAACUCAGAUCUGUGGUAUAACUGUAGAUUUGACAACUUCACCGAAACCUGGUUGUGCUCAUCAUCCAAAGAAACUGAGUGGCUCCAAGCAGUCCAAGUCCUCAUGGUCCUCGCUGUGGUGUUUUCCUCCGUGUCCUUUUUGGUUUUCCUGGGACAGCUCUUUACCAUGUCCAGAGGAGGACUAUUCUACUUCAUUGGCCUGUGUCAGAUAUUUGCAGGCCUGACAGCUUUUACUGCUGUUCUGAUUUACACUCUGCAAAAUAAGGAAAUCCUCCAGGACCUGCGAGAGUUGAGCCUGGGGCACUUCGGAUACUGCUUCUUUCUGGCCUGGGUCUGCGUUCCUCUGCUUCUGCUCAGUGGAAUCAUAUACAUCCAUCUACGGAAGAAUAAUAAUACAUAAUUAGGCUAUAGGCCAAUAAAAGUGCAUAAAGCUUUAAAAAGAACAA